CCCUGUACUCCUGCCUCCUCGUCUUCCUCCGCGCCGGCGCCCGCCAUGGCCGCGCGCCGUUGCGCUUGGGGGCCUCACGCCCGCGCCUUCUCCGCCACCGCGAAGGCCACCGUGCCGCUGGCCCACCUGGCCGAGCUGCCCACCUCGCUCCCCGCCUCCCGCUACACCGUCACCCCGCCCGUCCACCCAUGGCCGCGCCGCCUCACCGCGCGCGGCCUCGCGCGCCUCCUGCUCCGCCUCCCGACCCCGCACCUCGCCGUCGUCGCCUUCCGCCACGCGCUCUUCCACGCCGCCCCGCCGCUGGCCCCCUCGCUCCCCGUCUUCGCCGCCGUCCUCUCCCGCCUCCCCGCUGCCGACCCCGCACUCCUUCCCCCCGUCCUCUCCGCGCUCCGCGCCGCCAACCUCCCCGCCUUCUCCGACCGCCCCUUCCUGCCCCUGCUCCGCUCGCUCCCGCCCCUCCCCUCCCUCCGCCUCUUCCUCUCCCUCCCUUCCUUCAAUUCCCACCCCUCCGUCCGCUCCUUCAACGCCCUCCUCCACUCUCUCGUCUCCGCCCGCCGCCUCCGCCUCGCCGCCGCGCUCUUCCGCGCCGCGCCCACCAAGCUCUACAUCACGCCCAACCUUGUCUCCUGCAAUAUCCUGCUCAAGGGCCUUGUUGGCAUCGGUGACCUGGAUGCCGCCCUCAAGGUUCUCGACGAAAUGCCUGGCUUGGGGAUCACCCCGGAUGUCGUCACCUACACCACGGUUCUCACUGCCUACUCUGGGAAGGGGGAUCUUGAGGGUGCACAGAAGCUCUUUGAUGAUAUAAUCGCCAAUGGGCGUAGACCAGAUGUUAUGAUGUACACUGUGCUCAUUGAUGGAUACUGCCAGCAUGGAAGGCUCCAGGAUGCGGCCAGAAUUAUGGACGAGAUGGAGGCUGUAGGGGUGCAACCAAAUGAGGUCACAUAUUCCGUGGUCAUCGAGGCAUGCUGCAAGGAGGGAAAAUCUUCUGAGGCUCGUGAUUUGAUGCAGGAGAUGUUGGUGGCAGGAUAUGUGCCAGAUAUAUCACUAGGUGCUAAGGUGGUUGAUGUUCUAUGCCAGGAUGGAAAAGCAGAAGAAGCACACCAAAUGUGGAGAUGGAUGGUGAAGAAGAAUGUGCCACCAGAUAACACGGUCACAAGUACAUUGAUCUAUUGGUUGUGCAAGAAUGGAAUGGUCUGUGAGGCGAGGAACCUGUUUGAUGAGCUUGAGAGGGGUUUUAAACCAAGCUUGAUGACGUACAACUCACUUAUUUCAGGAUUAUGUGAAAAUGGGGAGCUACAAGAGGCUGGGCGGGUGUGGGAUGACAUGGUUGAACGAGGAUACAUGCCAAAUGCCAUGACUUAUGAGGCCUUGAUCAAGGGAUUUUGCAAAACGGGGAAGCCAAAUGAAGGGGCUGCACUCUUUGAGGAGAUGGUGACCAGAGGGUGCAGUCCGAGCAGGCUAAUUUUUCAAAUUUUGCUUGAUAGCCUUUCUGAGCCAAUACAUAAGGAUAUUGUUAGCAAAAUUCUUGAGACUGCAGCUUUAUGUGGUCGGGAUUUCUUGACUGGUGAUUAUUGGGAAUUUUUUAUCAGGAAGGUGGUAAAUACAACUGAUACUUGGAAGAAGCAUCUUGAUUUAGUGUUAGAUAUGUAAUCUUGUGGUGCAAAGAAAUAUAACCGAGGAAAUCAAUGGCAGUGUCCUACAGAGAAAUCAGGGUAUCACGGUUCUCUGAGCUUACUAUUUCUGGGAUGUGCAGAUCGGUAUAUUACAAUGGAUAAAUGGAAGAUUUGAGCUGUAUUGACACUGUCAUACCAGUAACAGACUGUCAAAUCUACGCAAAAAAUGUUACCUUCCGUGGAAGAGGAGAACAUGAACAAUUGUUGCAGUAAGGGAUGCAAAACCAACACCAUAUGUGACAGCAAAGAAAGUGCUGAGGUAUAACGGACCAUUCUUCUCGUAGGCCUGUGUGUCGAAAUGGAAAUGAGAAUCCACAAUGCUUGAGAUAUUGUACUUUUGCCCGGUUGAGGUGAAGAGACCAUCAGAAAAUAUGGGGAAGUUUUGUGCUUUGUAGAAAUUGAACCAGUAAGCAAUCGGUGUGAUUAUGUACAUGAUGAAGAAGAAGCCAGCAGCAACAUUUGCAGUGGCAAACCAAGGGCUAGCAAGAGGACUCCCGAGGUAGGAGGAGACAGUGGACCAGUCGAGACCGAUUGCGCCAAUGCCAAGGCCACUGAGACCUGAGCCAAGCUGUUGUGCAAGCACAGAGUGAGGGAAGACCCAGCAGAUCCAGGAGAGCGAGGUGAGCAUCUGGAAUAGGUAGCCUGGGAAGAUGUAGUAUGCGAAGCUGCAGAUGAAUGCAACCAGGAAGAACUGGUUGCGCGUCAAGCCACCUUUGCUCCGUUGUUCCUUCUCGUGAAGCGCCCUGAUGAGCAAAUGCAUUUGCAAAUUUGUAAGUUUCAUUUAGUGAAUGCAAAUGUACAAGUUCUUUGUCUU